AUGCCAGGAAAAAUUAUUGAUCAAUACGACCAUGUUCCAGUGACCAAGGCGGACUUGGACUGGGCUGAACUUGUCACCCUUGACUUGGGCAUUUUCGACAAGCCCGGUGGCAAAGAGCAACUUGCUAAACAGUUAGAACAUGCUGUGCAGCAUGUUGGAUUUUUUUAUGUUAAAGGCUUCAACAUCAGCCAAGAAGAAGUCGAUCGCCAAUUUGCUUUAGGUCGCGAAUUUUAUGCCUUACCACUCGAGGAGAAACUGAAAUAUCACAAUGCCGAUGAUCUCGUCAAAGGCGAAUACAAUGGAUAUAGACCCGCCGGGCACCGCAUCUUGGGGAAUGGUAUCAGAGAUAAUGUUCAGGUCUACAACAUUCCCAAGUUCGACGGCUUUCAUCAGCGACAACAGCCUCCCGUCAUCUCCGAUCAUAUUGAUGAAAUUGAAGCUUUCAGCCGAAAAUGUCACACCGAGGUAGUGGAGAAGCUACUACGUGUCUUUGCCAUCCUUCUCGAACUUCCAAGCGAGGACCAGCUGGUCCGCGAUCACCAGUAUGAAGUGAAAGGCGAGGACCAUCUGCGUUAUAUGCACUACGCAGCACGCAGCGCCGAGGAAAACAAGAAAGUUGGUGACUUGUACAGUCCCGGACAUACAGACCUGGGAUCCAUUACCCUGCUUUUCCGCCAGCCUGUAGCCGCCUUGCAGAUUCUUAACUCCGCAGGAGAGUGGAAGUGGGUAAAGCCCCAAGAUGGAACAAUCACAAUCAAUACGUGUGAUGCACUUACAGCCCUGACUGGUGGAUACGUGAAGUCAAGUGUUCACCGAGUCCACGCACCUCCCGCUGAUCAGGCCCAUGUGGAUCGGCUGGGCGUGCUAUACUUUGCUCGACCAAACAAUCAUGUUGUUCUGGACCCUAUUGAGAACAGUCCCGUGCUGAAUCGUCUAGGUCUCACACAGAACGCCUUCACUAAUCUUGGUCAGCAUCUCACGACUGAACAGUGGGUCAAGGUACGACAGACGCAACAGCAACGUCGUAACAAAGAUAUAAAAGUCUCUGAGGAGGGAAAAUACACCUACGCAAAGGGGGAUCUUGAUAUCAUCCCAGGACUGGAAGCUAAAAUUUAUAACUAG